UUUCCCAUAAGCCUGUGGGUCCGUUUCCGGUGUCCUGAAGGUUUUUGGGCUCGGCGAGUUGAGGUGAUCGCGUCGGAGGAAGUAAUCAGCGCCGGGUCAGAACCGGCAGCGAGGGUGGGGGUGACUCCGGGAGGCGCCCGAGUUGAGGAGGCCCAGGUCGCGGACUGAGCAUGUCGCGUUCGGAGCCUCCAGCCUGUGUGCGCGCGAGCGGCUGAGAAGGAUGGGUGUGUGACAGCCGGCGUGGCCAGGCCGGGGUGUGUCUCCGUAAUGGUGUUUGCGAUUGGCAAUGUGUGAUGGGGUGAUGAGGUGCGUGGCCUUGUGGUUUUGCUUUGGCCGUUUGUGCUCCAAGUUCCCUCUAGACUUUCUUUGGGCCUGCCAAAAUUAAGUGACCGCAAGAGAAGGAGCCCUACGCGAAGCCCUAGAGUGAACGUUUCACGCAAGAAGGCAUAGGUCCAGUCUUGGGAUGAGCAUUUUAUAUCCGCAGGUGUCCUCAGGACUUGCUCCUAGGAAGACGUGAUGGGGAGGUCCCAGAGAAGGACCCUGAGGAGGAGGAAAGAAUUGCUGCAUAUUUUGAAAUCAAGGUUCAGCUCUGGCUUUUCUGGAUUCUGUGCUUCACCAGUCGAGGAACCCCAUGGAUUAUUAAUUAGUUCUUGCAGUUCUAGAACCAUGACUGAUGGCUUGGUGACUUUCAGGGAUGUGGCCAUCGACUUCUCUCAGGAGGAGUGGGAGUGCCUGGACCCUGCUCAGAGGGACUUGUACGUGGAUGUGAUGUUGGAGAACUAUAGUAACUUGGUCUCAUUGGAUUUGGAGUCAACAUAUGAGACCAAAAAUACAAUUUCAGAAAAAGACAUUUUUGAAAUAAAUUUUUCCCAAUGGGAGAUGAAGGAAAGAAGUAAAACUCUUGGCCUUGAGGCAUCCAUUUUCGAAAAUAAUUCUAAGUGCAAAAGCAAAUUUGAGGGACCACAGGGACAUCAAGAGGGAUACUUUAGUCAAAUGAUAAUUAGCUAUGGAAAAAUGCCCACUUAUAGAAAAAGUAAAUCUUUUAGUGCACAUCAAAGAAUUCAUAAUAGAGAGAAACGCUAUGUUUGUAAGGAAUGUGGGAAGGCGUGUAGUCAUGGCUCAAAACUUGUUCAACAUGAGCGAACUCAUACAGCUGAAAAACACUUUGAAUGUAAAGAAUGUGGGAAGGACUUUUUUAGUGCCUAUCAGCUCACUGUGCAUCAGAGAUUUCAUACUGGUGAGAAACCCUACGGAUGUAAGGAAUGUGGGAAGACCUUUAGUUGGGGAUCUAGUCUUGUUAAACAUGAAAGAAUCCAUACUGGUGAGAAACCCUAUGAAUGUAAAGAAUGUGGCAAGGCCUUCAGUCGUGGCUAUCACCUCACUCAACAUCAGAAAAUUCAUAUUGGUGUGAAAUCUUACGAAUGUAAGGAAUGUGGGAAGGCCUUUUUUUGGGGCUCAAGCCUUGCUAAACAUGAGAUAAUUCAUACAGGUGAGAAACCUUAUAAAUGUAAAGAAUGUGGGAAGGCCUUCAGUCGUGGCUAUCAACUUACUCAACAUCAAAAAAUCCAUACUGGCAAGAAGCCUUAUGAAUGUAAAGUAUGUGGAAAGGCUUUUUGCUGGGGUUAUCAGCUUACUCGACAUCAGAUAUUUCAUACUGGCAAGAAACCCUAUGAAUGUAAGGAAUGUGGGAAGACCUUUAAUUGUGGCUCAAGUCUUGUUCAACAUGAGAGAAUCCAUACUGGUGAGAAACCCUAUGAAUGUAAAGAAUGUGGGAAGGCCUUCAGUCGUGGCUAUCACCUCACUCAACAUCAGAAAAUCCAUACUGGUGAGAAACCUUUUGAAUGUAAGGAGUGUGGGAAGGCCUUUAGUUGGGGUUCAAGCCUUGUUAAACAUGAGAGAGUCCAUACUGGUGAGAAAUCCUAUGAAUGUAAAGAAUGUGGGAAGGCCUUCGGUAGUGGCUAUCAACUUACUCGACAUCAGAUAUUUCAUACUGGCGAGAAACCCUAUGAAUGUAAAGAAUGUGGGAAGGCCUUUAAUUGUGGCUCAAGUCUUGUUCAACAUGAGAGAAUCCAUACUGGUGAGAAACCCUAUGAAUGUAAAGAAUGUGGGAAGGCCUUCAGUCGUGGCUAUCACCUCACUCAACAUCAGAAAAUCCACACUGGUGAGAAACCUUUUAAAUGUAAGGAAUGUGGGAAGGCCUUUAGUUGGGGUUCAAGCCUUGUUAAACAUGAGAGAAUCCAUACUGGUGGGAAAUCCUAUGAAUGUAAAGAAUGUGGGAAGGCCUUUGGUAGUGGCUAUCAGCUUAGUGUUCAUCAGAGAUUUCAUACUGGUGAGAACCCUUAUCAGUGUACGGAAUUUGGGAAGACCUUUGUUUAUGACUCAAACCUUGUUCAACAUGAGAGAACUCCUAGUAAUGAUAAGCCUUAUGAAUAUAAAGGUUGUGGGGAAGCCUUUAUAUGGACAACUUAUUCAAAUGAGACAGUUGAUACUGGUGAAACUUUAUGAUUGAAGAGAUGAAAGAAAAUUUUUUAUGUGUAUAAACAACGUGAGGAAUCUUGAGAAAGCUUAUGAAUGUAGGGAAUGUGCAAAAGCCUUAUCUGUGUGUGGACAAUUUACUUGAUAUCAGAAAAUUCAUACUAGUGAGAAAUACUUUGAAUAUAAGGAAUAUGAAAAGGCCCUUAGAAUUUUAUACAAUUUUAUUGAAUAUCAGUUUAUACUGAUGUGAAAUCAUUUAAAUGUAAGAUGUGUGAAGAUCUUUAUUCAUGGCACAAAAGUCUGGUAAACAUUGGGGAAUUUGUACUCAUUAGAAACACUUUAAGGAAUGUAGAAAGAACGAAAACCUAAUUCAGUUUUUGCUGUGUGCAUUAGAGAACUCAUACUGCUGUGAAAUUUUAUGAAUUUAAGGAAUGUGAUAAAUAUCUUAGGCUAUAUCAUAGAAUGAAUGCAAAUGAGAAACCCUUUAAAUUGGGAUGUAGGAAGGCCUUUAGACAAGAACUACUAAAACUGUUGUCUAGAGACUUGUGCCAGUCCACAAAAUUGUUACCUGUCCAUCAUGAGAUGAAUGUGGAAAAUAAGAGUAAGUGUUGGGAAACUUAUAGCAAUUUCAUAUUGCCAUAACAUUAUUAUUGUGUUUAUAAAAAUAUCAAUCAGCUCAUGAAUGAUUAGAAUUUAAAAAGUUUGCCCUUUCCAAGAAAUAAUUUGAGAGACAACAUUCAGUUUUAGAAACAUGAGACAAGUCACAAUAUAAUUUAAUUAGAAUAAAUGCUUCACUUGUCACCUCUGUGAUUAGAAUAGCAGAAUAUUCACACUAAAGGAAGAUUUGACUAAUGUGUGAGUCACAACUUCCUUAUGCCUAUAAUAGCAUAAUUUAUAAUAAGUAGUGUUCAUUUAAUGAAGGUAUAGAAGCCUGCUGACACUAUUCAACCUUUGUUAAACUCCAGUGAAUUCAUCCUAGAGAAUAACCUUGUCAAUGUAACAAAUAUAGGAAAUCUCUCACACAUGGCACAAACCAUACUUAACUGUCCUCACCAUUCCACCUUCUUACUACCUAUGGGAUGUUGGGAAAAAUGCUUAUCUCCUUUGGGCAUCGUCUUUAAAAUGUUGGUGAUGGUAACUAAUAGUCCUGUUUCAGAGAUUGCAUGGAUUUAGUAUGCAUCAGAUCCUUGGAAGAGUUAUCUUAUAUGUAUCCUAUGCUCAAUACAUGUUUGCUAUUGUUCUUAAUAUCUUCAUCAUUAGUAUUACUAGUAGCGAAUUCUUAUGAAAAGAAUGCUCAUUGGUGUAAUGGAUUUAGAAGAGCUUCCAUAACCACUCAUCCAUUUGAAUUUGAUAGUUCUCAUUAUGGAUAAAAUCUAGAGAAACACAAACUUGAGAGGAUUUUUAUUCAGAGUUUAUCCCUUAAGCUGCAUAAAAAAUGAAGGCUGAAAAAAAAUGUGGACUUAGUGUUAAAGAUGUUGGGAAUAUACCUAUUGAAGAACCAGGGAGAGGUGUGAAACAAUUUGCCUGUGAUGAAUAAAAACAGAGAAGUAGCCAGUGAUUAAGAUUCUCUGCUCACAUUUUGACAUAAAUUACAAAUUAAAAAAACAAAAAAUUGUCCGUUUGGGAAUUCUUUCCCCAAAUUUUAUUAUUACAAAUUUCAGACACUUAGAAAAAUUUAAAGAACAGUAUAAUAAACAUCCAUGUACUCUAUUUAGAAUCAAUAAUUAUUAACAUUUGAUCAUAUUUGCUUUCUUUCUGAAAUUAUAGGUAUGUAUGUGUACGUAUACUUACCAUUAUCUUAUGACAUAGAAGUGAUACUUAAUUCCUGAAUAUAGUAGCAUGCAUCUUUUAAGAAUAAGAACAGCCUUUAAUACCAUGGUCACACAAGAAAAUUAUCAGUAAUUCUGUAAUAUUCUUUUAUAUUCACUUCAUAUGUCCCAAUACUCCCAAGGUAUCCUAUUGCUAUUUAUUUUCUUUUUUU